AUGCGCGGGGGCGCGGCGCGGCUGCUGCUGCCACCGGCGGUGCUGGUCCCGGUGCUGGCGGCGGUGCUGGCGGCGGGGGCGGCUCCGGGAGCGGCCCCGGUGCAGGGGCAAGGGGGUGGGGGUGGGGGGGAGGAGGCGAUCCAGUGCCCGCCGUGCUCGGAGGAGCGGUUGGCUCGUUGCAAAGCUCCGCAGGGCUGCGCCGAGCUGGUGCGGGAGCCGGGCUGCGGGUGCUGCGCCACCUGCGCGCUCGGCCGCGGCACGGCGUGCGGGGUGUACACGGCGCGCUGCGGGGCCGGGCUGCGCUGCUACCCCCCCCGCGGCGUGCCCCGGCCCCUGCACACCCUCAUGCACGGCCAGGGCGUCUGCACCGACCUGGCCGACGUCGAAGCCAUCCAGGAGAGCCUCCAGCCGCCAGAGAAGGAGGAGAUCGACCACCCCAACAACAGCUUCAGCCCUUGCAGCAUCCACGACCGCAAAUGCCUGCAGAAGCAGCAGGCGAAGCGGGUCAACAACGGCAACAAGAUGCGCAACAGCGGGAGCCCGUACCACCGCGAGGAGACGAGGCCCAUAGCGCAGGGCUCGUGCCAGAGCGAGCUGCACCGGGCGCUGGAGAGGCUGGCGGCCUCGCAGACGCGGACGCACGAGGACCUGUACGUCAUCCCCAUCCCCAACUGCGACCGCAACGGCAACUUCCACCCCAAGCAGUGUCACCCGGCGCUGGACGGGCAGCGGGGGAAGUGCUGGUGCGUGGACCGCAAGACGGGGGUGAAGCUGCCGGGCUUCCUGGAGCUGAAGGGGGACUUGGACUGUCACCAGCCAGCGGACAGCAUGUGAGCGUCACCGCGGCUGCCCCGCUUUGUGCCGUGGCCGGGACGCCCGCCGGGGCUGUGUAGGACUGGAGGAGAAAGGACACGGCCGUCGAGCAGCUCCUGGGGCUGGGGGACCCCCACAUGCGUCCCCUCCAUCCCCGCUGUGCUCUGCGCCACGAGCUGCCCGUGGCAUGGGGCACGGUGCCGUGGCCACUGCCUGCCACCCCACGGGGGGGUCCCUGGCACAUGCUGGUGGCACCUACGUCCUGCACAGACACUUGGCGUGGACUGACGCAGCCAGGAUGGCAGCGGGGCUGGUUCCAGGCUGCUUUGGUGGAGGUGCGUGAAAGAGAGCACCCAAAACGCGCCGCUGCACCCCUCGCUGCUGCCCGGUGGCUGCGACCAUGCGAGCAUCUUGGGGUGUGCACGGCAGCCCCCCCGCCGCAGUGCCUUCCCUCCACACCAGACCCGAGUGUGGCAGCACGAGAAGUGCCUCAGCACCCCCAAGCCGUGCAGGCAGGGACAGGAGGGAGCCUGUGCUGCUGCGGGGGGGCCCAAAGGAGCGCCCCGCUAUCGCCCUGCCCUGGCUCCACUGCACCCAACACGCGUGCGUGGGGAUGGGGAUCGCAGCCACAGAGAGCAAUAAGAGACCUUCACCCCGGGAUGGGGCACCAGCGAUGUCAGCUCUUCCUGAUGCAGCCCCAAAGCCCCAUAGCCUGUGGGUCCCACCGACCCCAUAGUCUGGGUCCCACCGACCCCAUAGCCCGUCCCUGUCCUGCUCCUCUGCGCAGGGACAGCACUGGUAGCCGCAGUGUUUUUUCCUCUUGUCCUCUCCUUCCCUCCUGCCCUGUCCCCAGGGUCAGAGGACGAAGGGGUCGGGCAUCCCCGGGCGUGCAAUGCGUCCCCUGCAGGCACUGGGGCCCAGGGGGAGGUGGGAGAUGAGGGAUGGCCAGGAAACGCCUCCUCACCAGGAAGGGCUCCUUUGGGGUCUUUGUUCUCCCCCAAAGAGUUUUAAUAUUUAAGAGCCAACGUUGGUGGGAUUUGUCAAACCGGCCCCUUGGGCUGAAAUCCUUCAUCUCUCCAAAUGGGACCCCUCCAGGAAGAGGUUUUGUCUCCUCGCCUUCCAGCUUGGCCAACGCGACAAAACCCGGAUGAAGUUUUGAAGUGUUUCGGUGCCACGAGAUCCGCAGUUUUUGCCAGCACAGAACUUUCAGCUGAAAAAUUUUCACUAUUUUUGUAGCAUGUUUUUUUUUUUUUUUAAUUAUUAUUAUUUCGAAGCUCUUCUGCAGGAGCCGGUUGGGUUGGAAACUUUUCCUCUAAAUGUCCUUUUAGGUAAGAAACCGCCGUGUGGGUUGCAAUGGAAAGCUUGCCAAAGGCGGGGGGGCUUCUGCAGCUCCCCGCUCCGAGGCGCUGCCCAAAUCGGAGCAAAAUGUUUUGGUGCUCGUGAGAGCGUCGGGCUUUGUCUUUGGCACAGGGCUCCAGCAUUUUAUAUCGUCUCUCCUGUAGUUUAAGGCUGUAUUUACACAUGAUCAUAUACCAGUGUAAGGCUACCUAACCCUGUCGUCUUUUCUCCACGCCGAUGUGAUUUAUUUUUUUUUGUCAUUUCCUCUUUGGACAAGCCCAUCCCUUCAGACUCCUGUGUGUAGCACCGUCCCUCUGUUACAGUAAACUUGAAGCUUUGUAUUGUUAAAGAGAAAAAAAAAAAAGGAAAGGUAAUUGCUGUA